GUACAUAAAUCACUACAAAAAAAAUCAUCAAAUCUUGAGUAAAAAUUCCAAAGCCCAAAAGAAUGAAUUAUUCUACAAAAAUAUUUGCAUUUGUUACGUGUUUCGUUAUCGUUACCCUAGCCCUAACACAAAAAUGUCACGCACAAAAUUUACCACAAGACUAUGUGGAUGCCCAUAAUACCGCUAGAGCAACAGUGGGUGUUGGAAAUAUACAAUGGAAUACUACAUUGGCGACCUACGCCCAAAAUUAUGCCAACACAAGGAUCAGUACUUGUGCUAUGCAGCAUUCUGGUGGACCGUAUGGAGAAAACCUCGCGGCUGGUAGCAGCGCCACCAUGACCGGCACAGCUGCAGUAAACCUAUGGGUGGGUGAGAAGGUCAAUUAUGACUACUACACAAAUACUUGUGCCCCUAACAAGGUGUGUGGGCAUUAUACUCAAGUAGUUUGGAGUACCUCGGGUCAACUUGGAUGUGCUAGGGUUCAGUGUACUAGUGGUUGGUAUUUUAUCAUCUGUAGCUAUUCUGCGCGAGGUAAUUAUAUCGGCCAAAAACCUUACUAAUUAAUAAACUUUCUAUAUAUGGAGGUUUAAAAAAAAUUGUGGGAUUCAUCUCACUAGUGUAUUUGCCAUUAAUUUGGUGAUAAUUAUGCUAAUUAUAUACGUAAGCCCGACCCGUUGAGGGAAAAAAAAAAUUAAAUAAACAUACUCGAAUUCGAUAUACAUGUACUAGGUACAUGAAUUGGAGUUUAUAUGAGUUCUUGUAACACCUUUUCUAAUUAAUGAAUUUUAUUAUGAUCACA